CAGUCUUCUGAAUAAAUAGGAUUGCAGGUGUUAGCCACCAAUGUGUGGCUCAGUGAUUUUUUCUAAUACCAUUUGCUAAGAAGAUUGUGCCCUUUCUGGUUCAAACAAUGACAAAGAGAUUAGAUAAUGACAUGGUAGCUGUUUGACCCACAAACUUAUAACUGGAGCAUGAUUGUACAUUUUGUACCAGAAUUUUCUGAUUGACAGUUAAAUGCCUCUGAAGAAAUAGCCAAAUGAGAUCUAACCAUAGAUCCAGAUUUGUAAAGAAGACUCAUAAGAAGGCUGAUUUAAAAAAAAAUUCUAGGUAAACACAGAAACAAACUAGAAUGUAAGGCAGUGAUUUAUGUAUGUGGCUAAUGUAAGAAUGUAAAGUAAUUGUGGAAUGAUGGGAUUAUGAAAGACUGUCUUAAGGAGGGGGCUGGGUCCUUGAACUUGAUAAUUAGGCAGCCGUGAAUCAUUCUAAGUAGUGAGGCAUAAACGGAAGGGUAUCCUGUCACUAGAGAAAAUGGCUGCAGCAUUGGCAGAGUGCAGGAGAGAAAGCAGUUGAGGUUAUAGGUGUUCCGUGGAUGUAUAAGUAGGAGGCAGGUGGCAGAGUGCGACAUGAGGGUUCCCACCACAUUCUGUGGUUUCUGUGAAAAAUAAGCAAUGACUCUCUGAAACAGUGGCAGGAAUAAUGCUGGACUAGAGCUCUCUGAUUUGGAUCUGAAGUUCUUAGGGGCAGCCAUGACUGUCUAGCCCUGCGGCUUUUGGACAGGUGGACUCCCAGGUGCCGGCAGGUUUGUUUUAAUUAAGCAUUCUUAAGGAAAGAAAGAAUAGGAAUGAAGACCUAGUAAUGCAAUCCUUGGAAGAUUUGCAUCUCAAUAAAAGCAGCUGGCUCUUAGUCCAAAAGUGAACGGUUCAUUUUCCAUGCUGGGAAAAUAAAAAGGACAGAUUGGAUUCGGUUGGAUUCUGAUGCAUACUGAUAUAUCUCAGUAUUUCUUCUGUCCCUUCCAUUAACGACACCAUAACUGCAGAAUCCUCAGUGGACAAAGAUGAGCACAGCAUGGUAUAUAUCUCUUUUUGGCAUCUCCAUUCUGUCUAAUUUUGUAGGAUUCCUUGUGAAUCUUUUCAUGACAGUGGUCAUUUACAAGACUUGGAUCAAAACCCAUAGAAUCUCGUCUUCGGAUAGGAUCCUGUUCUCCCUGAGCAUCACCAGAUUUCUCAUGCUGGCAUUGAUUUUGCUGAACACUUUGCGCAUCUUGUCAAAUGUUGAAAUAUCAGUGUAUUCUUUCACAGUUCUCCUGUUGUGUUGGAGAUUUUUGGACUGUUGCAGUCUCUGGUUGGUGACCUUGCUCAAUGGCUUGUACUGUGUGAAGAUUACUAACUUCCAAUGCUCAGUGUUCCUUCUGCUGAAACGGAGUAUCUCCACGAAGAUCACCAGAAUGCUACUGGGCUGUCUGCUGCUACCUGCCUUCACUACCCUCCUGUGUGUUGUGGUCAGACUGCUACCACAUCUUCCUGAAUUUGUGACUGGGAGGAAUGACACGCUCUUUGACCUCAAGGAGGACAUCUUGACUUUUGCAAUCUCUUUUGUCUUGAGCUCAUUAUUGCAGUUUAUCCUUAAUGUGACGUUUGCCUCCUUGCUAAUACAUUCCUUGAGACAACAUCUCCAGAGGAUGCAGAGAAACUCCACUAGCUUCUGGAAUCCGCAAACUGGUGCUCAUGUAGGUGCCAUGAAACUGAUGAUCUGUUUCCUCAUCCUGUACAUUCCAUAUUCAGUUGCCAACAUGCUCCAUCUCCCUUCUUUUGUAAUGAUGGAUUUCAGUGUUAGAGCCAUUUGUGUGAUGAUUUCUACUAUUUACCUUCCAGGACAUUCUAUUCUAAUCAUUCUCACACAUCUCAAACUGAGAACCAAAGCAAAGAAGAUUCUUUGUUUCAAGAAAUAGUGGAAUUUCAAGAGUAAAUGGCUAGGUUACCUCAUAGUUUGGGCACAAGAUUUUCUCUGUUAGCAGUUUUCCCCAAAAAACUGAGAAAUUCAUUUUGUGAUUCCUUAUCUGACAUCCUGGGUCUUUAAAUGCUUUUAUUUGAGUUAAUUCUGCGUUUUGGGGCUAAUGAUUUAAAAUAAGGUACAUUCUCUAAGGCAUUUGGUUGCGAUGUUACUGAUGUAUUUUACAUGCUGUUGUAUUUCUGGAUUAUAGAAAGCAUCACAAUGCUCCAUUAAUUACUGAAGUAGAAUGAGAGAUUCCCCCACAUCAAGGUACAUUU